CCCCCCCCCGGACGGUUGCAGUUUCUUAUUUCCCCAGCAGUCACGGACGUGGGCGGGUUUCUCCUUGCAUCACACGUCACCGGUGUCCAUAUAUGGUUCGCCGCGUCACGCACCGGAGGUCCCAUUCACAUAAAACCGAUCGGCCGGAAUCCCCUUGGAGGAAAUGUAGGCAAAGACGCGCAACGGGCACUUCGUUCGCCCUCACCGAGGAGUAACUCCAGCGUCAUUCUUUAGGCAAUAAACAAACUCCAAACGCACAAAAAUGAAGGUCUCCAGCAUUGACUGCCGCCGUCUGAGGAAGAUCAUCAGGAAGGAGUGCGGGAGCUGCCUUAUUGUGGAUUGCAGACCUUAUUUCUCCUUCACCAACUCCAACAUCAGGGGCUCCGUCAACGUCAAUCUCAACUCGGUGGUGGUCCGGAGGUCCAGAGGGGGGCCCGUGCCCCUGCAGUUCGUCAUCCCGGAUGAGAGAGCCCUGUUCCGGCUUCGGGAGGGGAGCAUAUCGGCCAUCGUGGCGCUCGAUGACCGGACGUCCCACUGGCAAAAGCUGAAAAAGGACAGCGUAGCACAAAUAGUAAUAAACACCCUCUCCCAUCUAGCCAGCGGGGCGAGCAUCUGUUUCCUGAAAGGAGGAUACGAGAACUUCCACUCUCAAUACCCUGAACUUUGCACUGAGGUGAAAACCAUCGACCACAGCGGAACUGAAACCGAGAAAAGAGUCAACGGCCACAGUGAGAAGCUUUCUCACCACAAGCCAGAUUACGAUCAGGGUAAACCCGUAGAGAUCCUGCCUUUCCUCUACCUCGGUAGUGCCUACCACGCCUCCAGACAGGACUAUCUCAGCGACCUUCAUAUCACGGCCUUGCUCAACGUGUCGCGGCGGGACCUGCAGCCCGCCAAGGGCCACUACGACUACAAGUGGAUCCCGGUGGAGGACAGCCACAUGGCCGACAUCAGCUCUCACUUCCAGGAGGCCAUAGAGUUUAUCGAUCAUGUGAGGCAAUCAGGAGGGAAGGUCCUGGUACACUGCGAAGCGGGCAUCUCACGCUCCCCCACCAUCUGCAUGGCUUACAUCAUGAAGACCCAGCAGCUGCGACUGGAUGCAGCAUUUGACAUUAUCAAGAAGCGGAGGGCGGUCGUCUCACCGAAUUUCAGUUUCAUGGGCCAGCUGCUGCAGUUUGAGUCGGAGGUGCUCUCCAAUGCCCCGGCCCUCGCUGUCACACCUGAACCGGCCACUCCCUGUGUCCCAGAGUCGGCCUCCUUUUUUGCCAAUGACUUCAACACCACUUUCAACACCAAAAACUUUGAGCCGUCCGUGUUCGCCCUCCCUACCUCUUGCUUGCAGUCCCCAGUCCACCACCAGUUCAAACUGAGCCCCAUAACUGCACUGCCUUAAAAUGAUCUGUGACUGCUUGUAGUCUUACUUGAAAAUUAAAGAAUCGAAGCUCUCUGUGUGUCUGAUGUUGAAGCCAGCAGAGCAGGUAGAUUGAAUAUCAGCCACAGAAGGAACGAAGAGAGGACACUUUCAGCCUCAGAUGACUUGAGGUGUUUCAAAUCUGCAGAAAGUAGAAAGUAAUUCUGCUUCCUAUCUUCUGAACUGCAGUGAUCAAACAACACAGCACACAAUAAACUGCAAUAUACAUGCCUUAGGUUGAUAUUGUGAUUAAUUUGCCUAUCAAAGAAUAAAGCUAGGCAUUUAAAACUAAUUUAUUUGAAAACUUUGGUGUUUUUUCAACAAUGUGGAUAUCAAGAUGUGUUUAAUAAAUGUUUUCACCACAAAUAUGGCCAUGUUAUCAUUUCUAUUUGGGAUAGUUUAUGCAGUUGAUGCGUCAAAUAUAUAAAAAAGUUGCACUUUUUCAAGUCACUGAACAAAUAACACUCACAAAAAUGAAAAAUCAACAAAUAUUUUGAGUUCUUGGUUAUAGGUUUUGCCUUGGUGGACAAAAUGCAACUGCAGAGGCAACAGCGACACCUGGAGUGACUUGGGUGGGUCUUUAUGAAAUAUUUCCCUGAAAUAGAGACACAGCUUUGCCUAUAUUGUUGGUUAAUAAAUCUGUCUAAUCUGUGGCAUAUGAAUUAUAUUAAUUUCCAUUAUUUUGACAUGGAAAAAAACAGAUCUUAAGCUAAAAAGAAUAUAUUAAACAAAAAUAAUAUUUUU